AAAUGAUUGGUCGAAAACGGAAAAUAUAAGCCAAUCAAUGCUGUUCUUCUUUCCUAUUUAGGCUGAUGUAAACAAACAUGGCGUGGUUCUGGGUUGUCAUAGCUGGUGGAGUUUCCGUGUCCUUGCUGGUCCUACGUAGAAUCGCGAACCGUGCUAAAGUAUGUCCGAGCAAAGCAAUGAUGACAGGAAAGACGGUAGUGAUAACUGGUGCUAACUGUGGUAUCGGAAAGGCUACUGCCUCCGAACUAGCCAAACGAAACGCAAGGGUCAUUUUGGCAUGCAGAGAUGUGGGCAAAGCAACGAAAGCUGUCAACGAAAUCCGACGACGCACGCAAAGCGGGGAGCUGGUUGUCAAGCACCUUGAUCUAGCGUCAAUAGAUUCUAUUCAGAUGUUUGCUGAUAAUUUGCGAAAAGAAGAACAGAGGUUGGAUGUGUUAAUAAACAACGCUGGCGUAUUCCAAUGUCCAUACACAAAAACUGAAGAUGGUUUUGAGAUGCAGAUGGGUGUUAAUCACAUCGGUCAUUUCUUGUUGACUAAUUUGUUAACAGACAUGUUAAAGAAAUCUGCACCAAGUAGAGUGGUUGUUGUAACAUCAUCUCUUCAUAAGAGAGGAACUAUCAAUUUCGAUGACCUCCAAAGCGAGAAGGCAUAUAACAAGGCUAAGAGCUACGCCAACAGCAAAUUGGCGAAUUCUCUUUUCUCAAGGGAAUUAACCCGACAGUUAUGUGGUAGCAACGUCUCUGUAUACUGCGUGCACCCAGGAAUGGUAAUGACAAACAUCAGUAGACAUGUGGUGCCACGGUUCAUUAAGACUCUGUUAACUCCAUUGGCUUUCCUACUUGGCGCUCGUACAAACUUUGAGGGUUGUCAAACAGUUUUAUAUUGCAGCAUUGCUGAUGAAGUAGCAAAAGAAACAGGAAAAUAUUAUGGAAACUGUAAAGUGGAACCAUGGCCUCAGGUAGCAACUGAUGAUGGUGUUGCUAAGAAACUGUGGGAAGUCAGUGAAAAAUUGACUAAGUUAGCAUGACCCCAAAUCGAACUAAGAACUGGACACAGUGAUAUAGAUGAACAGACUAUCUUGAUAUAAUUAUGUUUCUGAUAAAUGUUUAAUAAAAUGGAUGAUUGUAAUCACAAGCAUUUGUGUAGAUAAACAAAUUUGUAUACA